AUAUUUAGGCUAAACACAUAUCAUGGAGACACACCAGUACAGACAUCAACACAAUAGGUCAAACUGUGACACAAACAAUUACAAUGAGGAGCAGAUGUAAGUUAUUAGCCAUUGGUCUUAUGAUGCACUUCUAUUGGACAGUGGAUGGACAAUCACUCCUGGAUUCCCUACCGGAGGUGACGCCUGAUGCCAACCAAACUUUAACUUGGUGGAAGACUGGAGUCAUCUACCAGGUGUAUCCGAGGUCGUUCAAAGAUUCAGACGGUGACGGCAUUGGAGACAUCAAAGGUUUGAUCUCCGAGCUCGAUUACUUUGUCUACCUUGGUAUCGACUGCAUCUGGCUAAGCCCUGUAUACAAAUCACCAAUGAGAGAUUUUGGAUACGAUGUCUCAGACUUUAAAGAUAUCGAUCCUAUUUUUGGAACUAUCGACGAUUUUAAAACUCUGACUCAAGAAGUCCACAACAGAGGUUUGAAACUGAUAACUGAUUUUGUCCCCAAUCACGUGAGCACAGACCACGAGUGGUUCAAGAAAAGUGUCAAGAGAGACGGGAAGUAUGCCAACUAUUUUAUAUGGCACGAAGGAAAAAGGUUGAGCAAUGGCACAGUAGUCGAACCCAACAAUUGGCUUUCUGCCUUUGGAGGGUCCGCUUGGCAAUGGAACAGCGAACGUCAAGAAUAUUACUAUCAUGAAUUUGAUCCAAGUCAGGCUGACCUCAAUUACAGAGACGAGAACCUUCGAUGGGAAAUGGAAGAUACCCUGAAGUACUGGCUGGACUUAGGUGUUGACGGGUUUAGAGUAGACGCCUUCGCCCCUCUUUACGAGGUACAGAACGUGUCAUUGGAUGAACCUAUCUCAGGAUUAAAUGUACCAGCUUCAGAGAGCGACUAUUUGAAGCAUAUCUACACCACCAACCAACCGGAAAGUAUCCCCACGCUGUCCAAAUGGUACGACAUCAUGAACGAGUAUGUCCAGAGAGAUGGUCAAGAUAGGUAUAUGAUCGUAGAAGUGUUUUCAACUGUAGACAUAAGAAACAGAGUCUACGUCACAGGCGCAUGCCCUUUCAACUUUGACCUUCUGCACAUGAGUGAUGCCCCAACAGGUCGCGAGAUUCUGGACACCAUAAUGAACGAGUAUUCACACCUGCCAACUGGGAAAUGGCCAAACUUUGUCCUUGGUAACCAUGACAGCAGAAGAAUCAGUCACAAAUAUGGCAGCCAGUAUGUUAAUGUAUAUAAUAUGCUGCUACUCACCCUGUGGGGAACGCCUACUACGUACUACGGGGAGGAACUGGGAAUGUUGGAGGCUGUUAUCUCAUGGGCGGAUACCGUUGACCCAGCAGGACGUAAUGCAGGACCUGAAAGAUACCAAAAUUUUACAAGAGAUCCUGAAAGAUCCCCGAUGCAGUGGACGCCUGGAUACCAGUCUGGUUUCACUAAGGGCAACUCGACCUGGUUACCUCUUGCUCUGAAUCACACAUCGCUUAAUGUCCAAGCAGAAAAGGAAAGUCAGGAGCAGACAACUUUGAAACUUUAUAAAGAGCUUGUAGCCCUGAGAAAAAAACAAGCUUUCCAAACAGGAAAAUUUAAGGUUAGUCACGUGGAUGAUUACAUCGUCUGCUACACCAGAGAAAGUGCGUUUGAUCAGUACCUCGUCAUACUUAACUUCGGUCACUCGGCGAUCAGUGACCUCGGAAUAUGUGGCGCUACUUCUGCAACAGUUGCAGCCUUAACACCAGGUGUGACGUCCACAGAAGCCGGCCAGCGAGUCCAGUUAGAGUCAUUGAUACUGGAAUCUGGACAUGGAGUAAUCCUUAGGCUUGACUUAAGAACGUGAUUUGAUUGAUUGAUUUAGAGAUAUAACAAGAAAAACAAUAAAAAUACUUUUUUAAAAGACAA